AUGCUUAAUCUUCAUCACUCAAUUUCUCCUCCGGCAAUUAGAUCCUCUUCCUUUCAUACCAAUAAGCAGCAGAAAUCAAUCUCUUUCUGUAGAUUCAGAAUAUGGGAGAGUGAUGAACUGAAGAAAAACAGACGAAUUGGUGGCUUUAAUUUUGUGAAUGCAGUGGAGAAAGACUCGGAGUUCGAGGUUGAUCCAGAUAAGGCCCGUGAAGCUUUGAGAAAGCUCGAUGAACAGAUUCAGUCUCUUUCCAAAAAACAAGUCGAUCCUCCCAAAAUUAGAGCUUCAAGCCUUGGUCGUCCAAGUCGUGAAAUGAAAGAAGAAACUACAGAUUUCACAGGAUCCUUUUUAGCCUACUUAGCUUUUGGUCUUCUUGUUUUUACUAUAUUCUAUAAUGUAAUAUUUCUUACUGUUAUAAAACCAUCAGUAGAUGGACCAGAGCCUGUUCUAGAAACGAGAACCGUGAAUGACGCUAAAGAACCAGAGUUGUCUGAAGCAGUUUUACGAAGGCAAUGCCAGUUCUUAAUUGCGACAAAUGCGUGCAGUAGGCAUAGUAACACAAAUAGGUCAUACUUCUUUUUAGCAUCUGGGGUUCCGGGUUUGGGCAUGUCUGCCAUGGCAACUUUGGCAAUGGAGCAUGCAGCAGCAGCCACUGCAAACAUCAAGUCCCUUCUGGUGCUGUUGUUUCUCUCUUCCACCAUUUUUCCAUUCUGGGAAUCCUUGGAGGCAUUAACCACCACCAUGACACGGCAGGAGGUGGUGGCUGCUGCGGCUGAGCCACCCAAGAAUUAA